CCCGGUGCACAGCGGUGCGCAGCAGCACGGCCAGGCGAGCAGCGCAGCCAGCCCAGGUCGUUCGAUCGCUCCCCUCGAAACCAUGGAUCUGCAUCUCUUUGACUACUCGGAGCCGGGGAACUUCUCCGACAUCGCCUGGCCUUGCAACAGCAGCGACUGCAUUGUCGUGGACACAGUGCUGUGCCCCAACAUGCCCAACAAAAGCGUCCUGCUGUACACGCUCUCCUUCAUCUACAUCUUCAUCUUCGUGAUCGGCAUGAUCGCCAACUCCGUGGUGGUCUGGGUGAACAUCCAGGCCAAGACCACGGGCUACGACACGCACUGCUACAUCCUGAACCUGGCCAUCGCAGACCUGUGGGUCGUCAUCACCAUCCCGGUCUGGGUGGUCAGCCUGGUGCAGCACAACCAGUGGCCCAUGGGCGAGCUCACGUGCAAGGUCACGCACCUCAUCUUCUCCAUCAACCUCUUCGGUAGCAUCUUCUUCCUCACCUGCAUGAGCGUGGACCGCUACCUCUCCAUCACCUACUUCUCCAGCACCUCGAGCAGCAGGAAGAAGAUCGCGCGCCGCGUCGUCUGCGUGCUGGUGUGGCUGCUGGCCUUCUGCGUGUCCCUGCCCGACACCUACUACCUGAAGACCGUCACGUCUGCUUCCAACAACGAGACCUACUGCCGAUCCUUCUACCCUGAGCACAGCAUCAAGGAGUGGCUGAUCGGCAUGGAGCUGGUCUCCGUCGUCUUGGGCUUUGCCGUUCCGUUCUCCAUCAUCGCCGUCUUCUACUUCCUGCUCGCCAGAGCCAUCUCGGCUUCCGGCGACCAGGAGAAGCACAGCAGCCGGAAGAUCAUCUUCUCCUACGUGGUGGUCUUCCUGGUCUGCUGGCUGCCCUACCACGUAGCGGUGCUGCUGGACAUCUUCUCCAUCCUGCACUACAUCCCCUUCACCUGCCAGCUGGAGCACGCCCUCUUCACGGCCCUGCACGUCACGCAGUGCCUGUCCCUGGUGCACUGCUGCGUCAACCCCGUGCUCUACAGCUUCAUCAAUCGCAACUACAGGUACGAGCUGAUGAAGGCCUUCAUCUUUAAGUACUCGGCCAAAACGGGUCUCACCAAGCUCAUCAAUGCCUCCAGAGUCUCAGAAACAGAGUACUCUGCUUUGGAGCAAAGCACCAAAUGACCCUCCCUGCAGAGGCUCUGGGACACGUGUGCUGGUUUCAAACAGGGCAUCGGGCCGCGUGGUUUUCUAGAGUAAAGCAAAGUCGCUUCGGGUCUUGACGCUUGAGUAGCGUGAAGAGGGGAGCAUGCGGCGUUGCGCAUCUUUUCUCUUUCUUGUGACGACGCGGCUGUCACUUGGCUGUGUGUCCUGACGGUCGUGUGACGGGCAGAGCUGUGUUGUGCAGCGCUGCGGUGUGUCCAAGCCGGCUUCAGGGCAGGCUUGCCUGGACUUCUGUAAGAUAGGACUUUCUGUGUUCCCUGAUUUGUUUUAUAUGGUGAUUUGUAUUUAAAUUUUAAGACUUUAUUUUCUCACUAUUGGUGUACUUUAUAAAUGUAUUUGAAAGUUAAAUAUAUUUUAAAUAUUGUCUGGAAGGCAUAGUGCUGACAUCUAUUCAGAAUGUUGUAGUUUGAAGAUUAGUUUGGCUUCAGUUUUGACUAAGGAUGACAUUAAUUGUUAGCUGUUUUGAAAUUAUAUAUAUAUAAAUAUAUAUAAAUAUAUAAAUAUAUGCCACUGUUGGCUGAAAUGUUUUAUUCCCAUAGUUUUAUAUCUGUGUGGUGUUUUGUACCGGCACAGGAUACGGAACAAAAACUGCUCUGUAAUGCAGUUUGUGACAUGCAUAGUAUUAUAAAGUUACAUUAAAAAAUAAAAAAAAGCAACAAGAAACUGUUCCGGGCUGCAAAUCUGUGCACAGAAUGAACAGUUGUAUUUCAGAGAGCUCUCUCAAUGUGUAAGUUAUUGUUUUUUAAUAAAGAUUUUUGUUUCCUAAAAA